AUGAAUUGGUUUGCAUGGCUUGCCAUGGUGGUGACCUUUCAGGUCAUCCACCAGGCGGAUGCAAAAGCUGUGUUUGCCCAUUUUAUGGUCACAAACUCCGAGAACUAUACUGCUUCUGACUGGCAGUCAGACUUCAAGUUGGCCCAGGAUGCCCAUAUCGAUGCAUUCGCCCUCAACAUGGCAUGGGAAGACAAGACCAAUGACGCUUCCGUGGCCAUGGCCUUCACUGCUGCCGAGGCGAAAGGAUUCAGGCUAUUCUUCUCAUUCGACUAUGCUGGCAAUGGGCCUUGGGACCAAGAUGUUGUCACCAGCAUGAUCCAAAAAUACAGUUCCAGCUCUUCAUACUUCCAGUAUGAGGGGAAGCCUUUUGUGUCUACCUUUGAAGGACCUGGCAAUGCAGAUGACUGGGUGACAAUCAAAGCAAAAACAAAUUGCUUCUUCGUACCAGACUGGUCUUCUGUCGGUGCCAAGCCGGCCGUGGCAUUGGCAAAUGGAGUUGCCGACGGAUUGUUCAGCUGGUCUGCGUGGCCAUGGGGAAAUCAAACCAUGGAUACCUAUACCGAUGCCUCCUAUAUCCAAUAUCUGGAGGGGAAGCCAUACAUGAUGGCCAUUUCUCCUUGGUUUUACACCAAUUUGCCAGGAUACAACAAGAACUGGCUUUGGAAUAGUGGUAGCCUCUGGCACGACCGCUGGCAAGAGCUUUACGCUCUUGAUCCAAUGCCGGAGUUCGUUGAAAUCAUCUCUUGGAAUGAUUACGGGGAAUCUCAUUACAUUGGCCCGAUUCGCAAGAACGCUCUGGCUGCCCUUGAUAUCGGUGAAGCUCCGUUCGACUUCGUGACAGGCUACCCCCAUGAUGGAUGGCGUGAUAUGCUUCCUUUCUUGAUUGAUUUAUACAAGACUGGAAAGGCCUCGAUGGGCAACGAUCUAGCUACUUUCUGGUAUACUCCUAAUCCGCUAGACUACUGUGACGUUGGGGGAACAACACUCAAUACCGCUUCUCAGCUACAAAUUGAAUACAACCCAAAGGAAACAUUGGAAGCUCGAAUUUGGGUUAUGUCAUUAUUCAGCAGCGGCAAUGCAGCGGUGCUCGUCAACGGUGAAUCUGUGGAGUGGGACUACAUACCCGAUGGCUCGGCUGGAGCUGCUAUCCGGUUUGGGAGCGUAGCUGCACCAAUCGGACCGGUUCGAAUCAUUUUAGUUGUUGGUGACAUAAUGGGACAAAGUCCCAACACCAUCGACAUCACCACAUCAUGUGACGGGGGCUUCAACAACUUCAAUGCCUGGGUGGGAAGCGUUGGAGGAUGGAGUCCCUAUGGUGACCUCUACUAUACUUCAUUCGACAUAAAAGACCAGAAGUGCGUUCAAGGGAAGGGCGCCUACGAUUUCAAUGGCCUUUGCAACUUUACCUGCUCUUACGGGUAUUGCCCUGUCGGUGCAUGCACCUGCGAGCAGAUGGGUGUUCCCCUUACCAAGCCCAACGCGACGGGUACGAUAGGAUUUCCAGCAGAAGGGAAAGAUGCCAAUUAUGUGGGGCUCUGCAGCUUUGCCUGCAACUACGGCUACUGUCCUUCCGCGACGUGUGACAAAACUGAACAUGCUAUGCCGAUUCCUACAGUUUCGGACUUCCUCCCGCCGGCCUGUGUUGCUGGCACUGGUGAGGGUAGCGUCGCCGGGCUAUGUUCGUACGCGUGCAACUUUGGGUACUGUCCUAUCAACCUUUGUUCAUGCACAAAGACAGGACCUCUCAUCCAGCCGCCCGCGCAGACAGAGGGUGCUGGUCAGGCAGGUCCCGGCAAUUCGAAAAUUUAUGACAAUUUGUGUGAUUUCACCUGUAGCCGGGGUUAUUGUCCAUCUGGAAUCUGCAUAUCGAAAGACGGCGUAUCAAUUGCAAACAUGAACUAUCGCUACGAUAAAUCAGCUGCUGCAGCGUGUACAGACUCGCAGAAGCAGGUGAUUGAACUCGAACUCAAGUACGCAGUGGAGAUGGCGCAGGUCUCUGCCGCCAACCUCGAGAAAGGUACCUAUCUUGACGAUUUCUUUAAUGGUAAAGGUGAUACCCAAUUUAUAUCAGACACCAAGAAGACGUUCCAACGAAUUGCAAGUCUUCUCGCUGGCAAUGAUCCAAAUUUCCCCCUGUCUCUGGCCUGUGACUCAAAAUCGGCAACAGAAAUGUGCGAUGAAGAUUAUAUUGCUUAUAUGAACAACAAAAACCAGCGCUUGACCUUCUGCGCACCCUUUUUCAAAGAUCCCAUACUUACUUCCAAAUUGCCCCAAAUUUGGCCCACCAAAGACGUGCUGGAAGACAAGUCGGCGGAUCUCCGCAAGGCUUCCAGAGCAAGAUCUGCCGUUCUUGUACAUGAAGCCACACACACAAAGUACGGGAUGCUUGAUAAACCAUUUUGCUGGAAGCUCGCCCGUGGCACCUUUGAUCGUGGAUGUUGGUUAGAGGAAGCAAGAAAGGCCAGGGAAGCAGCCAGGAAAGGGAAGCCAUCCAAGCCACCCAAGCCAGGCAAGCAAAAAAAAACACCCGCUCUUGAAUGCCCUGUCCCUGGGCCAGAUGGGGAAGCUAUUGAAGGUAAAUGCGAUGCCGCGGGUGCCAGGAAGAACGCAGAGAAUUAUCAAUUAUUGGCGGCAGGUGUCUAUUUCACACAGAAAACCCGCCGCGCCAUUCCUCUGCCAGCACUCCCCGCUUCCCCAAGUGCAACUGAGUGUGUUUUGGCCGAGGACUUUAUCCAGUGGGAUGAUGUUAACGAAGAUAUUCCCGAUGUCACCGGCCAGGCACAUUUCGGAGACUCUUUCGCCGCAGGAAUGGGCACAGGAAAAACACCUACGGCGCAAAAAUGCCGAGUUGGAUCAAACAAUUUCGGCCAACUGUUACACGAUUCGUUCGUUGACGGCUUUGAUUACCAAAAUCUAGCUUGUUCUGGAGACACUGUCGCCGGGCUUUACGACAAGCUUCACGGGUGGCAGAACCCGGCAGUGGACAGCUUGGCCACUAUGACGAUCGGCGGGAACGACUUGGAUUUCUCGAAUAUCGUCAAGCAUUGCCUUCUGAGAUAUUACAACUCCGCACUUGGUUGGGAUGCUGCGUGGUGUUCUCACUACAAAAGCGCCGCCAAGAAGCUCAUGGCGGAUACUGGCGCAGACGGGCUGCAGUAUAAAUUCACCUCUAUUUACCUUCGGAUUAUUGGUUGGGCCCAACAAAAUCCUGAUUUCAAUCUUUACAUCGCUGGAUAUCCACGAUUCUUCAAUGCGGAUACAACACAAUGCAAUGAUGUUUCGUUCCGCUACUGGGGAUGGGAUAAAACAGAUCAUACGGACGUUUGGCUGACAACCUCCCUCAGGACUGAGAUGAAUGACCUGGUGAAAUCUCUCAACAAAGUCAUCGAAGCCGCGGUCCUUGACGCAAACAAACUGGUUAGCAGAAAUGUCACUCACUUUGUCGACGUGGAUCCCCGUUUCGAGGGUCACCGCUGGUGUGAGUCGGGCGUGAUAGAACCAGAUCCGAGUCACAUGAGCACUGCUUUUUUCCUCAGCGGGUGGCCGGACAUUGAAGAGGGGGCCACGGUUGCGACAGCGGCUGACGAUAGCGCGGAGUUGAGCGUCCUGCAAACAAGUGGCAGUCUUCCACUCCCCGAUGGAAACACAUGCAACACGACCCUCGGUGUCGAUCCCGACCCUGUCGACGUCUACUGGUGUAAUCUCGCGUCAGCAGUUGUGUCCGAUCCGGGUGGAGAUAUCGCGAAGCAAGUUGUACUCGCAAAUACAGCGCUUGCCAGCGGCGACUAUACCGCUCAAGAUGUGUCGUGGUUUUUGCCAACUCGGCAAAUCAAAGCGUUCCAUCCGCGAAGUAUCGGUAUGGCUUUCUACCGCGAUGCCAUUCUCGCUGUCAGGCAGCAGGUGGAGUACGGUUAUUGA